CUAGCAGCUCAGCCGGACGACCGGGCACUGCAGCUAACGGUAGUUAGCGGACGGAGACGGCAAACAGCAGCCUCGGCUCAGCAAAGAGUCCCCAGGAAGUCAACGAGAGCCCUCCCCAUAACACAGGAAACACAUUUUGGUUUUAAUGGUGGUCUGCCUCCCUGGUCAUCUUCAGUGUGCUGUUGACUUGACCAGGGACAAGAGCAGCAGGACAGGAGGGAUGGACGAGUCCAUAAGUCCAGUAAAAUCAGUCAAACAAUCUCAGCCCAGAGGAGCCAAAGCUUGGUCCAGCGAGAAGUCGAAUAAAGAGACUUCUGUUCAGAGAGAGCGUAACAAGUCUGCACCCCGUAGCAAAGAAAACCUCACUGCUGCAAAGGAUGAACACAACAUAGGCAGCCUGCUUAGCCGUGGGCCCGGCAAGACUUCUGCAGAAAACUCCCAGGACAAGAGGAGAGGACGAACCUCCAGGCUGACUCGGCUGACUGGAAGAACGAGUUCUGGUGAGAGAGGCAAAGGAAGAGUGGCAGGCUCUCAACAGCAGCUGGUGGCACAGGUUCCUGAUUCCAGGGCGUCUCUUUCUGCAGACAGCAGCCCUGUAGCGAACAGAGAGCCCAGCUCUCCUGUAGUGCCUAGUACACCUGAGAAAGGCCUCACAGAGCAGGCCAAGAGCUCCACUGGAGCCCUAGCAAAGGAAAAGUCCCAUGUGGUGAAAGCUGCCGCAUUGAUGCAUCAGCCUGUUGAAGAGGGCACAGUGUUGAGGCCCACUGUGGAGGAAGGACCCCUUACAGAGCAACAGCUGGGCCUCCGACAGGCAGAGGAACGCCUCUACAGAGACUACAUCCACCGACUGUUGAAACAGUCACCUGAGUAUCCAAACUACCAAUACUUAUGCAAGCUCUGUUCUGUACACAUUGAGAACAUUCAAGGAGCACACAAACACAUCAAGGAAAAGAGACACAAGAAGAACAUAAUGGAGAAACAGGAGGAAAAUGAGCUGCGUGCCCUGCCGCCCCCUUCUGCUGCCCAGCUGAAAGCCGUGGAUGCGGCCGUUGUAGAAACAGCGAGACAGCAUGGGAUCUCAGAAGAGGACUUUGAGGUUCGAAAGGCUAUGGUCAUCAGGAUGGAGGGGAUCAUACAGAGGCAUCUCUCAGCUUGUUCUCUUCGUCUCUAUGGUUCGUGUCUUACCCGCUUUGCCUUCAAGACAAGUGAUAUCAACAUUGACGUCACCUACCCUUCCUCAAUGACACAACCUGAAGUCCUGAUUCAAGUGCUGGAAAUCCUCAAAAACAGCUCUGAAUUUUCUGAGGUUGAGUCAGAUUUUCAUGCCAAAGUUCCUGCUGUGUUCUGUCGGGAUGUCAGCAGUGGCCUGAUGUGCAAAGUGAGCGCAGGUAAUGAUGUUGCUUGUCUCACCACCAAUCACCUGGCAGCCCUGGCUAAACUGGAGCCCAGACUGGUUCCCCUGGUGCUGGCCUUCCGUUACUGGGCAAGGCUAUGCCACAUUGACUGCCAGGCUGAAGGUGGCAUCCCCUCGUAUUCCUUCGCCCUCAUGGUCAUUUUCUUCCUUCAGCAGAGAAAAGAGCCCAUUCUUCCUGUGUACCUGGGCCGUUGGAUUGAAGGCUUCGAUGUGAAACGUGUAGACGAAUACCAUCUAACUGGAAUUGCGUUGGACAUGUUUGUCCGAUGGGAACACAGACCUCCAAGCUCCACAGAGAACCGAAACGAGGCCAGAGGAGAAGGCAGACCCAAACUGGAGCAGAAUAAGCCUAAUGAUGCUCACUAUUCAGAGGGAUUGACCCGCCUGACCUUGGACCUUGGUAAAGGCGUGUCCCUGGGCCAGUUGUGGUUGGAACUCUUUCGUUUCUACACAUUAGAGUUUGCUCUUGAAGAGUACAUCAUUAGCAUCCGCUUAAAGGAGCUCCUCUCUCGAGAAGUGAAGAACUGGCCUCGUCGCAGGCUCGCUAUUGAAGAUCCUUUUGCCUUGAAGAGAAAUGUUGCACGGAGCUUGAACAGCCAAAUGGUGUUUGAGUACAUCCAGGAGCGUUUCCGUACGGCUUACAAAUACUUUGCUUGUCCCCAGAAAAGGGGCUCUGGAGGACAUCAGAGAAAUAAGAAAGCAGGGGAACAUGGCACAAAGUCAGAAAGGGUUCAAAAGAAAGAAACUGCAUUUGUGAACAAGGAAGAGGAUGAUGGGAAAGGUGAAAGCAGUCAGGGUGCUCAGAGAGGGCAAUUUGAGUUUAAGGAGAACGAGGAGUGUGACAGCGAUGAUGAAGGUGGCUCCAGAAAAAGGGAGGAGAAGACUUUAGAUGCCACGCUCAUGGACAUGGUUCUCAAUGAGGGGAACAAACCUUCUUUCUCCCCCAAUGGCCUGCUGGACAGUGACAAGGAUGGGGAGGAGGAGGAGGAGGAGGAGGAGGAGGAAGAGCACGAGGAGGAAGAAGAAAGCAGUGUUUCAGAGAAGGAUGUGCCUGUUACAUCAGAUGAUUUGCACUAUGUGUUUGACAAGAUGAUUUUCACUGGUGGAAAGCCUCCAACUGUUGUGUGCAGCAUCUGCAAACGAGAUGGUCACCUGAAGGAUGAGUGUCCGGAGGACUUUAAGAAGAUUGAGCUGAAGCCUCUGCCUCCUAUGAACGAACGCUUCAGAGACAUUCUCGAUGGGCUCUGCAAGUUGUGCUACUAUGAACUGUCACCUAUACAUGCUGAGCAGCAGAAGAGGGAACAGAUCCUCGCAGGCCUGGAGAGGUUUAUAAGGAAAGAGUACAAUGAAAAAGCUCAGCUCUGCUUGUUCGGGUCUUCCAAAAAUGGUUUUGGCUUCCGUGACAGUGACCUGGAUAUCUGCAUGACUUUGGAGGGUCACGAGACAGCAGAGAAACUGAACUGCAAAGAGAUCAUUGAAGGCCUUGCAAAAGUGCUAAAGAAGCAUACAGGUUUGAGGAACAUCUUGCCUAUCACCACAGCUAAAGUGCCUAUUGUGAAGUUUGAACACAGACAAAGCGGUUUGGAGGGGGAUAUUAGCCUUUAUAACACUCUGGCGCAGCACAACACCAGAAUGCUGGCAACGUAUGCAGCUCUGGAUCCACGUGUGCAAUUCCUGGGAUACACGAUGAAGGUCUUUGCAAAGCGCUGCGACAUUGGGGAUGCAUCCAGAGGAAGCCUCUCAUCUUAUGCUUACAUCCUGAUGGUGCUUUACUUCCUGCAGCAGAGGCAGCCCCCAGUGAUACCUGUUCUACAGGAGAUCUUUGAUGGGAAGACUGUUCCCCAGCGGAUGGUCGAUGGCUGGAAUGCUUUCUUUUGUGAUGACCUUGAAAUCUUGUGACGUCAGCACCUCUCAGAGCAACAGCCAAACACAGAGUCAGUAGGAGAGCUGUGGUUGGGACUCCUACGCUUUUACACUGAAGAAUUUGAUUUCAAAGAGCACGUCAUCAGCAUCCGCCAAAGAAAACGCCUCACCACCUUUGAAAAACAGUGGACCAGCAAAUGCAUUGCUAUUGAAGACCCCUUUGAUUUGAAUCAUAAUCUUGGCGCUGGAGUUUCUCGUAAAAUGACAAACUUCAUCAUGAAGGCCUUCAUAAAUGGAAGAAGCUGUUUGGAACUCCCUUCUAUCGGUCCCUGGCCACUGAAGUGGUGCGCAGACAGUCAGCCAGCUUCUCCUGCUUCAUCCUCCUCAGGAACAACACUGUGAUCUGCUCAAACAUCU